AUGGUUGAACCGGAUGGGAAGGUGGUCAAAACUAGGAGAAAAGUUAGCAAAUCCUGCGUGUUUUGUAGGAAGCGGAGGGUUAAGUGUGACAAGGCUCGACCUAAGUGUUCUACAUGCAUUGCCAAGGGUCUUCCGGAAUGCGUCUAUUUGUCGGAAUUCACACACGAUGUGAAUUCGCGGGAGCUUUUCAGUUCAACACCGAACGUUGAGCUACUGAUACGGAUUGAUCAAUUGGAAACAGAGCUGGCUAGAAUGAAGAGUGAACUGACGCCGCUAAUGUAUCCUCAACAGCAAGAGAAGGGCGAAACUGUGGACCCCCUAAACAAACUUUCGCGGUUUCAUCUCGUUAUUGAAAAACAGGGGAGGACAAUUUUCUACGGUCCAACGUCAUAUCGAGCUGUUGUUGCUUCCGUAAGCCCGCGAUUUUAUAAGUAUUUCACUUCAAUCUGGAAGUAUCUGCGAAAGACGAGGUCUACUUGGAAAAAGGCAAAUCAGUACUCUGCCAUGUCAGAGCUGGACAUGAUAGAAACGCCAAUACUCACUGGUAACGCGAGAUCUAUAUUAGAAGCAUUGUGUUUGUGCCUGCCAAGCUAUGAAGUAGUAGAGCGGGCAUUGAAUUUGGCGUUUAAGUCCCCUUUCUAUCGUAACCUUUCCUUUUUGGACAGGGACAAAGUGAUGCAGGAUUUUUACACGUGUUUCAUGAAGGGUACGAAUGAUCUCCUGACAGGCGAGUCUCCCAUAAUACGUUUAAUACCUACAGGCAAGAAAAAUUACUAUACGGUGGGAGUUAUUGUUGUCCUACUAUGUAUAAUUCACUUUGGUAAUCAUGUUCCGCUCGAUGUUGAGCUAUUCAUUAAGUACCUUUCUACUUCUUUCAACGGUAAAGUAUUUUAUGUGGAGCGUGUGGAGUUCUUCGUCUUGAGAUUCUACUAUAGGAAUCUGUUUGGGAAGAAUGGAGGCGAUUGUAUUCAUACGGUAUUUUUUGCGGAGGAAGCAAUUACAACCGCAAUACACAUGGGGUUUCACAAGGAUAUUAACGAUCUGUACAAAAACCACCCGGUCUAUAAGGACAGAAUAUUGUAUCUGGAGAAUCUGUGGCAUUGGGUUUUAUUUAUUGAUGUCGAGGUUUCGCUUUCCAUGGGUGUUCCUCUCCAUAUAUCCGAAAAAUUUGUUACUUCAGAAUCAAUUUUGGAUCGGAACACUGGUAGUUUAUAUUUCCUGAAGGAAGUCAUUGUCAAAUUUAGAUCUAUAUUGAAUCGGAUAUAUUCGCCGGUUGGAACACCGGACCUUAAAGCACUGAUAGAAGAGAUACGUGAGUUUGUGCGACGCAAUUACAAGUCAUUGUCAUUUUACCUUGAUGGCCAAAAUCUUACUGGCCAAGAAUAUAUGGAACUUGAAUCACUUAUGUUUUUCAUGUCCACAAUGUUUCAUCUAGCAAUGGUUAAUUUAAUAAUUAACGAUGAUCGUUCACCGGUAAUCUUCGCCACUAUAUUACAGUACAUCCUGUUCACUAUUAAAUUAACCAUGGUAGUAAUACAGAGGUAUUUUGAUUUAGAUUCGGUUUAUUAUCCUGAACGUGUUGCCAACCCUACUAAACUUCCCCUUAUUCAUUUGCACCAGGGAAUAUCGCUUAUGGCGAAAAUGUCCCCUAGGUCAAUUGCAGAAUAUUAUACACUGCUUUUCGACCUUCAUACAUGCGGUGAUGUCUACAGUGAACGAAACGGUAUUCCAGAUGUACCAGUUUCGGAAACUUUUGACUUAGACAUCAAAAGCCUUGAAGUGCCUGACGAUCACCAUGUGAGUAUACCAGCGGCGGCUGCAGAGAUAGACAAAUUAUUCGAUGAUUUUUUGUCUGGAGCAAGCGCCAAACUUUUGUCUGUAUUAAAGCGAACUUAUCCCUUCGUAGUGAUGACUUCCUUAGAGCGUAUUUGCAAGGUAGUGUUGCAAGGUGCAUUUGAAAGUCAGGAUACUAUGUUUACAAGCAUGAGGAACCAACCCACUGGCACAUAUUCUACAUCGAACUCCAAAAACGUACAACAAGAUCAACAGCAGCGAAAUGUCUCGCAACAAUACCAAAACAUGCAAACUCCACCAGGGCAUGCUUACCCAGUAUUAAUGUACCAUUCGGAACAAAGCAAUCAGGGCAAACAAUUCACCGGGAAUAAUAGACCCUACGUCGGUUUAGACAUCUCAAAACAGGCAAGUAUUCCCACUCACCCAGCGCUAUAUGAAUCGCGACCAAGACUACCAGAGCCAUCGCAGCCUACACAAUUUGGUAAUGUACCAAAUUCUGUUUAUUCUCAAAGUAUGUACUUAACGCCAGGCUUCGAUCAACAAAUUAUGAAAUCAGUAAUGGACCAGGUUUGGACUAACUUCGACACAGAAAUUGAUGAUUGGGUAACAACAUCAAAUGGACCAUUUAACCAAUUUUCUAAUUUAUUCAAAGUUAAUGAGUCACAAGAUGAAGAAAACUGA